CUGUGGGCAUGUAGAGUUAGCCCAAGUUCCUGUAUUUGGUUUCGGUCGCUCUCUCCCUCAGAGAGAACAUAUUUCAUCCAACACCGUAGUCUGCUGAAUCGUAGCCAAAACUGCGCAUUGCUGUCCUAGAUGUAGCCUAAACUUCCAAAUCUUGUCUAAUCGGGAUUUACUGAAGUGAGACUGUAAAAGUUUCGCCACUCAACAGGUAACGCUGUAAGUGCUUAAAGCUUUACAGAGAUAUCGUACUUUCGGGAGAACAGGACCUAAAACCCUUACGUAAGGUUCUCUGUUCUCCAUAAAGUGUCGUUCAUAAUGCAGAGAGAAAAGGCAACUCCCUUGGUUCCUCCAAGGCCUACCAAAGACGAGCUUGAUAAUCCCGUCAAACACAGCCUGGGAAUGGAUCCGGAUAUUGAAUACAAGACAGAAUGGUACUACCAUCUGAAUAACAACGAAGGAAGUAGUGAGCUUGCUCCAAAAAGGAAAACAGGUAUGAUGGGGAUGAUGCAGAAAGUCAACCCAUUCAAAUCCUCCUCACAGAGCUCCUCGGCAGGAGCCAAAAUGGAGGCUACAGCAGUGACUGCAGAGGGACAAGGCCCAGAUACUAAACAGAAUCCUGGAAUGUUUGUGGGACAGAAAGUCAACCUUUUCGCAGAAACGAGAAAGGCCGAACCCUUGCCUAACAAUGUAGAGGAUCAGACAACAGACAAGCAGAAUUCUGGGAUGUUCAUGGGGAUGAUGCAGAAGGUCAAUCCAUUUAAGUCAUCAGCUCAGACCAAAAGAGAUGAACCGGAACCAUCUGCACAUCAAGCAACAGAGAAGAGGUUCCCUUCCACAGAGGAGAUGAGAGAUGACAGAGAUAGCAAACAGGCUCCUGGAAUGUUCAUGGGUGUGAUGCAAAAAGUGAAUCCCUUUAAGUCAUCACAGCAGGGUAAACAAGAUGAGCAGUUGGUUGAUCCUGCUGAACCAGAUGAGCGGAAAGUAGAGGAGAAACAGAACCCAGGGAUGUUCAGGGGUGUCAUGCAAAAAGUCAAUCCAUUCAAAUCCACCACCCAGGACAGCCAGUCAUUGAAGAGUGACUCGUCCAUUAGCUCUGAUAGUUUGGCGGAAAAUAACAACACUGCGACCAAGCAGCAGACAGUUAAGGGCUUGACUGAUGGAGAACUGCAGCCAACUGAGAGGAAUAGGAAAAAAAAAACUUUCAUAAUCCGAAGGAUUCUCCCUGGUGCUUUGUUUGGUUCUGCCUCAAAGGAGUAUGAGCACCAGCCAUCUGAACCUGGAGAAGAGCAACCUGAUGCACAGGAGCAGACUGUGGAGAUCCUGCCAGUGGAGAUGGCAGAGGUACCAGUGCCAGGUCAAGGCAAUCCUCUGGAGGAUGAGGCUGAUGAAGAUGGUCUACUGGACUGGUGGAGAACAGUUGAAGGUUGGAAGGACUGGAAUGAGUCCACAAGUUUUGAAGAGGGCGAGGAGGAACUUGCUGUGGAGGCAGCAGCUGACCGUGUCUUCAUGGCGGCGCGUCUCUUCGUGCGCCUCUUCAACAUGCGUGGCGCCUCUCUGCAAGGCCGCAUCCUUGAGCUGCUGGCCCUGGCCGACGCAGCCGACACCUUCCAUAAGAAGACGGUGACGGCCAGUGUUGGGGGUGGUGUGGCCAGCGUGGCUGGCAGCAUCACCACCAUCACUGGCCUGGUGCUGGCGCCCUUCACCUUGGGCACCUCUCUCAUCGUCACGGCAGUGGGCAUCGGCGUGGCGACAGCCGGUGGACUCACCUCAGCCUCAGCCAACAUUACCGACACAGUGCACUCUAAGACCGACCGCAAGAAGGUAGAAAAAAUGAUCCAGGACUACCAGGAGGAGAUCAAAGACAUCAAGGAGUGCCUGGAAUUUCUGCAGACGGGUAUGGAGACUCUGGAAGAGUGGCACUUUGAGCAGUAUAUGGAGAGCCUGUCCAAGCGUGCAAUGAAUCAGAACGUCAAGCAUGUUAUGAAGGAGGGUGGCCGUGCCGGUAAAGCACUGCUCAUUAACACCGAGUCCCUGGUGAGCACCGUGCAGGUCCUUAGUGUUGCCGGUAGUGCCGCCAAGGCUGCCCAGGUGAUGAGCGUAACCACGGGCGUUAUGUCGGGUCUUUUCCUGGCGCUGGAUGUCUUUUUCCUGGCCAAGGACUCAGUGGAGCUGCGCAAGGGCGCCAAGACGGAGUUCGCCACCAAGCUGCGUGAGGUCUGCAAGGACCUGCAGGAUGGCCUGCUGGAGCUGAACCACAUCAAGGAGGAGCUGCAGAAGACCAUGGACGGGAUCGAGGUGGACGUGGAGGAGGAGAGUGAGAGUGAGGAGGAGGAGGAGGAAGAUGAUGAGGGUGAUGAAGAGUUUUUGAAGUCUGAUCCAAAGAAGCUUGCUCAGCUUGAAGAGUAGUCGUGGAUGUCUCUGGUGUUGAGUGGUGAUGGAGGAACUCUUUCCUACUUUCCCUUUUAUUUGACUCCUCUUCUCUUUCUCUCCCUCACACUCACUCUCUCACACACACACAUACACAAAUUCUUCUUGGUAAUGACCCUGUAUGUGCUUCCGUUUCAAUGAACCUCACUGCCUCACAUCACUGAACUGCCAAGCAGAGACAAUCUUUGGGACAAUGCAAAUGGAAACUAAAUUCAAAGAGCACACAAAGCCAUUUUCUACGCACACAUCUUGUGCCAUUUUUCAUAUUUUUCUUUUCCACACACAUACUGGACAAACACCACAGUGUUACUCAUGCAGUCAUAGCUUUCAUUGUCUUUGAUGAUGGUGAUUGUUGUAAUGAGAGUGGGUGUGGUACUCAUGAAGUGGAUGUGACAUCACUUAUGGACUCCAGCCAAAAGUAGUUUCUUAGAUAGUGUUUCAUGUGACCCUCAAACAGGUCCAGUUUCAUUCCAGAUCUCUGAAUGGAGCCAAAGCAGUCACACACAUAGUUAAUGUGUUAAUCAUGAUCGUCAUAGAAACCAAUUACAACAUCAAGAAGAAAGGCACAAAUAUUGCGACAUUGUGGAAAUUGUAAAGAUGGCCCUUCCUAGGUAGAACAUCAGCACACUACAUCUGCGCAAUCACCAGUUUGUCUCUAAAAAAAAACAACAAAAAAAACUUGACAUGUCUGAAAUGAAACUUUGACCCAGCAUUUUUGCUGUGACCAAGUAGGAAGGGACGACAACUUUGUAUGAUAAUUAGUACUCAUCAUCACAACAAUAAUUUAUAUGAAGCAAGACUAUACUGUUACGGACUUGUGGGGCACUGGGAUAGAGCGUGUGAUGUGGAUGGUGUUUACCACGAUCAGCACUGGUGACACACUUGUGUGUAUGAAGUCAUACAUGAGAUGAAACUCCUCUACUUGUGAGGGUUCUGGGUAGGCUAAUGUACGUAGGCCUGUCACAGAUCACAAUAGUCACUGUAGGCCAGUGUUUCCCAAACUUUUUUUCUGGCGACCCACUUUCUAAAAAUGACAGACCAUCGAGACCUAUUUCACUUCAAAUCUACCCUGCAACCACCAAUAUUGUUUUAGGCCACAGGUUCUCCAACUUUUCUAUGCCUCCCCCAACCAUACAUUGCUAUAGGAUCCCUGCUUUGAACACGGUUGUGUUGCAUUUUGAGCACCAUCAGCGCGAAAAGUUGGAAAUGACUACUGAAAAGAUACGUUUUAAUGCGCAUCCGAGAGUAGGGGAAAUUUUCGCAUGUUGUGCAGUCGUCAUUCGUCAGCAUAGUAAGCUGUUCCUGUAUUUCUAAAAAAAAAAUGUUGUAGGCUACGUUGCGUUGCAGACAAAUGGGUCCAUAACAAUGUGGACGUCAAUUCCAAUGUAAACAGAAAAUAACUCAAGUCGUUAUAUUGUAGGCUAUUGUUGUAUUAUAUUAUAUUGUAUAGUCGUUAUAUCAGAACAAGAGGCGUUUGCGCAAUAGCCGGAAGAAUGCGCCUUUACUUUGUUAGCGAGGUAGAAAACGAGAGGAAUAGUGUUUAAAAUGCCCAUUUAAAUUGUAGACUAUAAUGCACUGUUGUCAGAAGUAUCAGAAAUAAGAAUGUGAGGAGGUUGCUAUUAACUUUAAAGAUUGCAUCAGCAAUCGAAACUGUAUGCAAAUUAAAUGGCCUUAUGUCCGGUCUAUGGAUGUCUGCUUUAGUUGAUAGCGCGGUCACUAGAUUUGAAUCGGUAAAGUUGAGGAGCUGGUAUCUAUUAAUGUUCGUGCAAAUAGGCGGAUUCAUGUCCCUUGCAGUUUGCAACUGCGAGGUACAUGGCAGGCGCCCCACAGAACGGUUUCAUUUUGAGAGGUAGAUAUCCAUGCUGGCACCCCCUCUGCGAUGCGUUCGUCCCCCAGUUUCAUGCGCCAGUUUCAUGAGCUUUUAUGACAAAACCAUGACUGUGGUAUUUAACAAUCUACAUCCUAAUAGAAAACUGUUAGCUUUCCUGGUAUCAAAUGACAAAUGGUAUCAGUUAGGCCUAUAACACAACAUAAAUUGUGCUGGCGACUGACGUUCUGACUAUCCUGUUCAGAAAAAAAGAAAUAUCGGUGUGAAGUUGUCUGAGGGUGUGCAUAAAAUGUGCUAAUCCAUCUGUUUGCGUCCAUGUCUAUUUGAAGUAGACGAAAAACCACAGGUUACAUUACAUGAGGGGAAACUAUAGUUACACCAGUACGACGUCGGAUUUUUCACUGUUAUUGCACAUUUUUUUGUUGUGCCACAUUUAUUCCAGUUGUUAUAUGAUGUCCAGAUUGUUUGUGUAUCAGUUUUUAUGUCUUGAUUUGUUAUUUGUCCAAUCUACAUUGCACAUUGGGUUGUGAUUCACUGAAGUGCCUGUUACAGGAUGUAGGUUAUGUAGAUAGAAACAGCUCUGUAUUUGUAGUGCCAAUUUUUUUUUUUUUUUCUGGUGUAAAUUGGGGAGAAUUAGUUAAAUAUCAACACCUGAAAAGCUGAAUAUGAUUUUCUGUUUGUGUAUGAUGCAAAAUGUAUAAUUUCAUAAUGUAUUGACUUCAUUUUGUGGCAUCACAACCUCUCAGAGCUAUAUUUUACUAGAUUGUUAAUGAUUAGGUUUUACUCAAAUUACCGUAGAAAGGAUUUGCCUGAAGUCACAAGUGAGUAAAGAUCCUUAUCCUCACUUCUGAAAUGGGUUUGAAAAUGUAGAAGUAGAAGUUCUGGGAGAUGUUCUUUGUGAAGAAUCCCAUCUUCCUAUCCUAAGCAAUCAUCAGAUUAGAUUUUUAAAUUAUUUUUCUCAUUGUAUGUACUGUAUUUUAGCAACUGAAAUUUGUACAAUGUUUAUGUAUUUGGAAAUAAAAAUAAACUGUUGC